AUGAGAACCCUGGUAUCCAAUGGCAACGACGCCAUGAGGCUGCUCUUCCAGGCCGCCACUGAGCACUCCCGAACCGACGGCGAUACACUCAGUAACGGGCAGCCUGCCUCUCGGACCUUGGCCAUCGCAGCUCCUAGUACGACAUCGCCUGAGAAUAUCCCGUCCGUGGCAACAACCGGCCCCAUUUACUUCUCGCCGGCCACUCCUGAUAUCUUGAAAGUAUGGCGUGCGUUUCGGUUUGCCAGGAUGGGUUGGUUCACUGCCGAAGAAGCCAUAACGUACAUUGAUUUAUUCGCUCAGAACUUGGCACCUCUGUCUCCUGUAUCCAGAGACUUUGAUUUAAGCCACAGCACUCAUUUCAAGCUCAUUACCCAGGAGCCGCUCCUUUGCUCCGUCAUCCUCAUGAUUUCUACUCGCUACCACCUCCUACCGGGAUCUGGAGGGAUCGCUCGAAAUGCCCUCCUCCAUCACCGCCUUUGGGAGCACUGCCAGCACCUUGUCAUGAGAAUCAUGUUCGGUCAGGAAAAACGCUCCAAGGCCAAAACGAGGACCAGGGGCUCUAUCGAAGCCCUCCUGCUGAUGAUCGAGUGGCAUCCACGCGCAAUCCACUUCCCUCCAGCUUCCGAUGGAUGGGAUUCCUCUCUCAUUAUCAGCGCCUCAGACCCGCGUGAUGACGAAUUUGGAAACCAAGCAGACGCCACUGAAGAUAGCGAGGCUAGGUGGCUCGGGGAUGUAGUUGCUCCUGCUAAGACGGCUGAUCGCAUGGCCUGGAUGUUCUUGGGGUGCGCUCAGUCUCUCGCUCUUGAGCUGGGACUCUGCGACGUUGGAGCCAAGGCCGAUCAACCUGCCACCACAUCACAGCCUCUAGGCUUGCAAGCCCAAAAAUCUCGGCUUUGCGAAUUACUCUACAUAUUCAUGGAGCAGCAUUCGAGCCGGCUAGGUUGUCCUUCAAUGGUCCCGGCUGCACUGACAAGACUCCUGUCCGAGCCGUCGGGAACUGGCGGUGAGGAUUCGACCAUGAUGACGGCGUGGCUAGACUUAACGAACUUGCUACGAACCAUCACCGACGUGUUGUUUCCAUCUGCAACAGGAAUACGAGAACUCCUUGGGGGUUGUAGAUACGUCAAUAUCAUCAAGCACUUUCAACAACAAUUAUUGAGUUGGAAGAUUACUCACCUUCGCCUAGAUAAGCUUUCGCCGACCUCUUUUGAGGUCCUUUCUAUCGAGUAUAACCACCUUCGCGCCUUCAUGAAUUCCCUCGGUAUCCAAGCGGUGGUCGACCGAGUUCUUGGCAGAAGGCCACCUGAUGCGACCGACACCGAGAUCCUACAAUCGUCCAUCACCGCAACCGAUUAUUCUUUCAUCAAGGAGGUCAUCGAUGGCUCCUGCCAGACCUUAGAAUCGGUCAAUCGGCUCUUCGACGCUGGCACACUCCGUUAUUCCCCGGUUAGGAUAUUUCUUCGGAUCAUCACGGCCUCGAUCUUCCUCUUGAAGGCUUUGAGCUUAGGAACUCGAACUGCGGAUUUGGAAUCCUCUCUAGCCAUCCUUGAGAGGAGUAUCGAAGCCCUCCGAGCGAGCAGUCUAGACGAGAUGCACCUGGCGGCUCGGUACGGUGAGUUGCUUGCUCUGCACCUGGCCAAAUUCAGACAAGGCAUGGUCCCAGCAUCGGUCCCCCGAGGGAUUCCUACGGUGGAUACAAAUGGCAGGUGGGAGUUUGGGAUCGGUGGACGUUCCCAACAGCUUGGAGAGGGUUUGGGUGAAAUUUCGUCCUUGGAUACGGUAGAUGAUUGGCUCGCACUGCCUUUUGAUGCUAGUAUCGCACCUUUCGGGUUUUCAGGCGAUGUUACUGAUCUUCCAGAUCUAGAUGACCGCUCGUGGGACUUACUUUGGAACCUGCCGAAUGUAUGA